AUGAAUACCUUGCUCUCUGUCGGACGCAGUAUCAUCACAUCUGCACCUCGAAUAGUAUCAGCCCGUCAAACAAUGGUGACAGUUCGUACGAUGGCUUCAGUUUCUACCAUCAACAUGCCACGUGAUCCAAACACCUUGUCAAAUUACAACAAUUGGAGAACGAAGCAUACUAUCGCCGAUUUGGCCAUUGAUUUCACGAAACAGCGAGUUCAUGGCACAGUUACACUACAGCUUGAAUCUAUUACGGAUAAGGAAUCUGAAGAGAUAAUCCUCGAUACUAGUUUCGUUGAUGUGCAAAAUGUUGCAGUUGACGGAAAUAAGACUGGUGAAUGGACUCUCCAAAAACGCAUUGAACCAUUCGGCAGUCCUCUUUCUGUGAAGGUCCCCGGUGGAGCAGCAAAGGGUACUAUCAUUGCACUCGACAUUACGCUAUCAACUACCGACAAAUGCACAGCUCUCCAAUGGCUCACUCCCGCUCAGACCUCGAACAAAAAGUUCCCAUACAUGUUCUCUCAAUGCCAAGCCAUUCAUAACCGCUCGAUCUUCCCGUGUCAAGACACUCCUGAUGUAAAGAGCACAUAUGAUUUCCGUAUUCGCUCUCCUCUUCCCGUUCUUGCCAGUGGCUUGCCCCGUGGUGCAACCUCAUUUGUUCAUGGCGAAAAUGGAGAAUCCGGAACUCUUCUCUACUCCUUUUACCAAGAAAUUCCUAUGCCAUCUUAUCUCUUUGCUCUCGCAUCAGGUGACAUUGCUACUGCAUCUAUCGGUCCACGUUCCCUCGUUUCUACUGGUCCAGAAGAACUCAUUGGUGCUAAAUGGGAACUCGAGAGAGAUACUGAGAAGUUUAUUGAGACUAUAGAGAAAAUCGUCUAUCCUUACGAAUGGACCCAAUACAAUGUUUUGGUCUUACCACCAAGUUUCCCUUAUGGUGGCAUGGAAAAUCCAGUAUUUACUUUUGCUACUCCUACUAUUAUUAGUGGAGAUAGAGAAAAUGUUGAUGUGAUUGCUCAUGAGUUGGCUCAUAGUUGGAGUGGUAACUUGGUCUCCAAUGCUAGUUGGGAACAUUUCUGGUUGAACGAGGGGUGGACAGUCUAUUUAGAAAGAAGAAUCAUUGCUGCUGUUCAUGGUGAAGCAUAUAGAGACUUCUCUUCCAUUAUCGGGUGGAAAGCUCUUGAGGAUUCUGUCAAACUCUAUGGCGAAGAUCAUGAAUUCACCAAGUUGGUUGUCGAUCUGAAGGGUAAGGACCCAGAUGAUGCCUUUAGCAGUGUUCCAUAUGAGAAGGGUUUCCAUUUCCUCUACUAUCUUGAGAGACUUGUAGGUAAACCAUCCUGGGAUAAAUUCAUCCCACAUUAUUUCACCACUUGGAAGAAGAAGUCUCUCGACUCUUAUGAUUUUAAGGCCACGCUUCUUGAUUUCUUCGCUUCCGAUUCAACUGCUACUAAAGCUCUCGAGUCGGUUGAUUGGGAUUCUUGGUUCUACAAGCCAGGUCUUCCCCCAAAGCCAGAUUUUGAUACAAGCUUGGUCGACAAAUGCUAUGCUCUAGCAAAGAAAUGGGAAUCAAAGGAUUUCACACCCUCCCCAUCCGAUAUUGAAGGUUGGGCCGCAAACCAAGUAGUUGUCUUCCUCCAACAGGUCCAACUCUUCACUACCCCUCUCACCUCAGCUCAAAGUCAAGCAAUGGGUAAAGCUUAUGAUCUUGUCAAUACUAAAAACGUCGAACUUAGCUCCCGCUAUUUUGGUGUUGGCUUAGCUGCAAAUGAUGAAUCAGUAUAUCAACCUACUGCAGAGUUGUUGGGCAAGGUUGGUAGAAUGAAGUUCGUUCGAACACUUUACAGAAAAUUGGUCGUUGUUGAUAGAAAGUUGGCCGUGGAAACCUUUGAGAAGAACAAGGAUUUCUAUCAUCCAAUUUGUAGAGAUCAAGUAGAGAAGGAUUUGAAAGAGUAGAAAAGAAAAGUGAGAAUGUGGUAAGGGAAUGUGCAUGAGCGUGUCGAAAAGCGGAUAUCCUGUGCUGCGAGUUUCUGAUAAUGAUGCAGACUAUCAAUAUAUGCAUAUCACAGCUUGUGAUUGCUCAAAAUACAGUUGAUAAAUGAUAAGCUUUGCCACUUG